GAGGAGGAGAAAGAGAGGACAGGAGGAGUGGUGCUGCAGGCCGGUGCUGUUACCGGACAGGAGGACUGAGCCACAGCAGAAUCUGUCCUCCUCUGUCUGUCUGGUUGGUGGGAGGAGAGGUGGUGGUGCAUGGUGUGUUUUAUUAUAAGGAGGAAUAAAGAGAGAUCCAGAUGCUGCUGUAAAACCCCGACAGCAUCAACAUAAACCCGGUGGAGAGGGUGCAUUCACAGGGGUCUGGAUCCAGAGCAAGCAUCAUCAUGGAGCUGGAGAACAUAGUGGCCAACACGGUGCUGCUGAAGGCUCGAGAAGGAGGCGGCGGCAACAGAAAAGGAAAAAGCAAGAAAUGGAAGCAGCUGCUGCAGUUUCCCCACAUAAGUUUGUGUGAAGAGCUGCGACAAACCACAGAGAAGGACUACAGCAGCCUCUGUGAGCGGCAGCCUAUCGGACGGUUACUCUUCAGGCAGUUCUGUGAGACGCGACCCGAACUGAGACGCUGCGUCAAGUUCCUGGACGUUGUGGCGGAGUACGAGGUCACUCCAGAUGAGAAGAGGAAGGAGGCCGGUCAGGAUCUCAUCGAUAGAUACUUCAACCCAAAGUCGGAGGACCAUGUGCCUGAGGUGGAGGAGGCCAUGAUGGCUCAGUGUACCGAGAGGCUGCAGCAGGAGGCCUGCAAAGAGCUCUUCAAGGACUGUACCAAAUUGAUCCACGACUACCUGAGCGUGGCGCCCUUCGCAGACUACCUCGACAGCAUGUACUACAACAGAUUCCUCCAGUGGAAAUGGUUGGAGAGGCAACAGGUGACGAAAAAUACGUUCCGACAGUACAGAGUUUUAGGGAAAGGAGGCUUCGGAGAGGUGUGUGCGUGUCAGGUGCGAGCCACGGGGAAAAUGUACGCCUGUAAGAAACUGGAGAAGAAGAGGAUAAAGAAGAGGAAAGGGGAGUCCAUGGCGCUCAAUGAGAAACAGAUCCUGGAGAAAGUCAACAGUAGAUUUGUAGUGAGUUUAGCGUACGCCUACGAGACGAAGGACGCUCUGUGCCUUGUGUUGACGCUCAUGAACGGAGGAGACCUGAAGUUUCACAUCUACCACAUGGGCGAUGCGGGUUUCGACGAGAAGAGAGCCAUCUUCUACUCUGCGGAGAUCUGCUGCGGCCUGGAGGACCUGCACCGCGAACGCAUCGUCUACAGAGACCUGAAACCAGAGAACAUCCUGCUGGACGACCACGGCCACAUCAGGAUAUCAGACCUGGGUUUAGCGGUUCAUGUACCGGAGGAACAGACCAUCAAGGGACGGGUGGGAACGGUAGGAUACAUGGCUCCGGAGGUGGUGAAAAACGAGCGCUACACCUUCAGCCCCGACUGGUGGGCGUUGGGCUGCCUGCUGUACGAGAUGAUCGAGGGCCAGUCUCCCUUCCAGCAGAGGAAGAAGAAGAUCAAGAGAGAGGAAGUGGAGCGGCUGGUGAGGGACGUGGAGGAGGAUUAUUCCACCAAGUUCUCCGAGGACGCCAAGUCUCUCUGUAAAAUGCUUCUGGCCAAAGAUCCCUCAGAGAGGCUGAGCUGCAAGGGAGGAGCCUCCGAGGUCAAAGCCCAUCCCAUCUUCCGCUCCAUCAACUUCAAACGGCUGGAGGCCGGCAUGCUGCAGGCGCCCUUCAUUCCUGAUCCGCAGGCCAUCUACUGUAAAGACGUGCUGGAUAUCGAGCAGUUCUCCACAGUGAAAGGAGUCGAGCUGGAGCCGAAAGACGAGUCUUUCUACAGCAAAGUGUCCACGGGCUGCGUCUCCAUUCCCUGGCAGGACGAGAUGAUCGAGACGGAGUGUUUCGUAGAGCUGAAUGUUUUCCACCCGGACGGGACGGUUCCUCCUGACCUGGACUGGAGAGGACAGCCGUCUCCUCCACCCAAACAGGGACUCCUGCAGCGGCUGUUUGGCCGACAGGACUGCUGUGGUAACUGCAGUGACAGCGACGAGGAGCCCACCAGGCUGUGACACACACACACACACACACACACACACACACACACACACACACACUCAUUUGUUUACAACUUUUUGCACAUUUGUAUUUUUAACAUAGUACUAUCUCUAAAUGUCAGAAUGUAUAUUUUCAGCAUAGCCAUAAUGUUUAAUGUUAUUUAAAAAGUUGUGAAAUAUCGGCUGUCGACGCGUUCCAAACGAGGAGACGCGAACUUAUGGAAGAUGUUUUUUUGCUUUUGUAAAUUUAUUUUUUGUCCAGGGAAGGCUUUGCUUUCACAAUUCAUCCACAUUAACACAUGUAACUGAUCUGGGAGCUGCUGCUCCGUUGGAACAAUCAUCCUGCUGUAAAAGUGCCUUGCUGGAGGGCACUGUGACAGUGGUUACUAAGGGAGGACUGAGCAUUCCUCAAUCUCUUUUACUUUCCCCCCCCACUUUGUCCAGGGAAUCAAACCAGUGACUUUCAGCUCAUGAACUGUGACCACUUUUCUUCUUCCGCCCUCCGUCCUGCUGUGACAAAACCUCACUGCUCUAUUUUUCUUCUAUUUAAUUCCUUUUAAAUGUGUGAUUUUUUUUAUUUUUGCUUGGACAUUAUGGUUUUAAAACCAUGUGGUUGUCUACAUCUGCAAAUAUUUUUAUAUUAAUAGUAUUCAUUUUUUUUUCAAUUAUGAAUUUCUUGAGACAAUCGACUCGUUGGCUCCAGUUACUCUUGUCAGUUCUGUAAAAAUCCUGUUAUUUUAGAUGAAACGGUUGUCAAAUUUUACAGAAGUUCAGAGUCAAAUGAAUCCCUUUCAUGCUCGGAUUUCCUCAUACAACGGUUCGUAUGAUAUCCUACAAAAAGUUGUGCGUUUUCCUACGAAUGUCCAGCAACACGUGUCAAUUUCCACUCGUUACAUGCAUACAGUCUUUUCAAAAU